GUGUACCCAGAACGCGACAUCACCAACAUCGUUGAGUCGUCACACUACUACAAGGUGCCCAACUUCUGCCGAAUUGGUCAUGCCAAGUGCAAAGCCUCUGCCUGGGUCAAGCCCUACCGCUGUCUUGAAGGAUCCUUCCAGUCGGACGCCCUGCUGGUGCCGGAGGGCUGCCUCUUCGACCACAUCCACAACCAGUCGCGAUGCUGGGAGUUUGACCGUUGGAAUACCACAGCAGACCAUGCUUGUGGGGCACGCAGGAUGACCCUGAAGUCCUUUGCUAUGCUCCUGCCAUGCGGGAUUGACGUGUUCUCUGGCGUGGAGUUCGUAUGCUGCCCCAAGAACUACAAAGGCCAUGGCAAGGCCCGCCCCAUGGAGGUGGAGGAGCCAGUGGCGCUGCCGCAGGUCGACCGCCGGGCGCACCAGCCAGAAGCAGCCAAUGCUGCCGCUGCCACCACCACCAUGCCCAAGAUCGUCACAACCACACCGUCACAGGAGGUUGGCACUCGCGAUGAGUAUUUCAGCCGCUUUGACCCACAUGAAGAGCAUGAUGCUUUCCGCCGUGCUGAGCAGAGGCUGGAGGAACGCCAUCGUGAGAAGGUCUCCAAGAUCAUGAAGGAAUGGUCCGACCUGGAGGAAAGAUACCAGGACCUGCGCGCCAAGGACCCCCGUGGAGCUGAGGAAUUCAAGCAUCGUAUGACCCAGCGCUUCCAGCAGACAGUUGAGGCAGUGGAGGCUGAGAAUGAGGCCGAGAAGCACCAACUAACAGCGCUCCACCAGCAGAGAAUUGUGGCUCAUAUCAAUGAGAUGAAGAGGGAAGCCAUGACGUGCUACACACGCGCCCUUGCAGAGAAGCAGCCCAAUACACACAAAGUCCAGAAGUGUCUGCAGAAACUGCUCCGUGCUCUCAACAAGGACCGCCACCACACUGUGUCCCACUACAAGCACCUACUCAACUCAGACUACGAGGCAGCAGACCGCGAGCGUGAUGCCACCCUGCAGCAUCUGAGCGACCUGGAGCGCAUGGUCAACCAGUCUCUCAACAUGCUCGCCAGACACCCAGACUUGAAUGCAAAGAUUGGCCGACUAAUGCGCGAGUAUGCAGCUGCUCUCCGAAGCAAGGACUCCACACCACCUGAACUGUCCACUCAUGCUCCCAAAUACCUCUCCAGUGAAGUGGAGACUGAUGACGAAUCAUCAGCUGAUGAUGCUACCAAGUUAGAAGAUGACAUUGAGGAUGGAGAUGAUGAUGAUGAGGACUCAAAGGAAGCAGACAGUGAUGAUGAGGAUGAUGAGGAUGACUCUAGUGUGGACGAGACCUACCCUGAGCAGGUUGAGCAGGACAGCAGCAUGACCCAGCCUAGCCGUGAUCAGCAAGAGGAGGUAGAGAGCGAGUCAGUCAGCCAGGAGCCCGUGGAACUUGACACCCCCACAGUGGACUCUGGCAUGAGGGUGGCUUCCCCAGUGCCCAAUGCCUCAGCCUCCCCCGAGCCUGUGCUCCUCCACCAUGUUGAUGAUGUGCAUGUGGCCCACGCACAGCACCACCAGAUCUCUCACUCGCAGGCUAGCUACAGUGUGACCCGCGAGACCUCAGGAAGUGAGGGCCGUGGUGUUUACUUUACACUUGCCUUUGCUGGCCUAGCAUUGAUGAUGGCCAUGGUAGUAGGCAUCGUGGUGCUCCGUCGAAGGAACAACAGCAAUCCUCAUAACCAGGGCUUCAUGGAGGUUGACCAGGCCAUCACACCCGAGGAAAGGCACGUUGCCAACAUGCAGGUCAACGGAUACGAGAACCCCACUUAUAAAUACUUUGAGGAGAAGUAAAGCAGGGAAGAAAGAGGUUUUCGGAAGCCUCGUCCCAUAAAUGAAUAAAUAGAUACAUAAAAAAAAAUAAUACUUAAUAUUAUAUGUAUAGAAUGGAAAAAUGUUAAAAGAAAAGAAGGGAUGGGAAGCCAGUCGUCCGGCUGUUCCCUUCAUCAGACACCUGUAGAACGGCUGGAAAUUAGUCUGUGGAUGGAGACCUUGCACAAGGACCCUCGUCAAGAAGGGGUCAGUUAGCAAGUUUGAUUUUUACAUAAACAGUAUAGGGAUUAGUAGAUGAAUAAAAACAAAACAAAACACACACAAAAAAAAAAAAAAAAAAAAAAAAAAAGGAAAAGAGAGGAAAAGGAAUAUUUGGAUUAUUUGAAGAAUAAGGAACAAAAGGGAUUGUAAGAGUGACAGGUGCUGAUCGCUAGUAUGCAUCUCCGCUGACGUUAUAUUAUCACCAAUGGUCGCGGUUCCUCUGAUAUAGGCGAGGUUAAGUUGUCUGAAAGGAAUGCAAGGAGGUGUUUUUUAAUCUUCCUUUUUUUUCACUAUUGGCUCCACCCAAAAGGACAGAAACAGAACUACUAUUCCUAUUUGGUCUAUAAGCUCUUCUAUACACAAUUGCAGCUCUUCUUUUAGAUCUUGAGUGUCAUUUUGAUUUUAUUUCUGGUUGAUUUUUUUGCAAAAUGUACUUUGGAAACCAAGUACUCUUUGAAUUAGUCAUUAUAAUGCUGUGCAAAGCCGUACAUUGAAGUUGCUUUUUUCAGACGAACUUUCCUUUGCGUACCACAGGGGGAGUCGACCCGGGCCAUUAGUGAUGGGUCAAAGUGAUUGCUUUCGAAGGUCACAAGAAUCUCAAAGCCUUAGAUUAUAUUGGUUAUAAAUCGCCAACACUCCUGCAAGUAUGGGUGAUGCAUCGUGUCCAUCUUAGUAUAAAAUAAUUUGUUCUGAUAGAAGAAGAAAAGCAGAUAGGUUUUAUGCUUUUUAAGAUAGUCUAACCCUUUACAGAACAUUGGCCGCUGCGGUUGUAAAUCAUCACUAACUUUCAGUUAAGAAAAAAACAACAAAAUUAGCUGUUCUGGGUGCUUGGUGUGUGUUUCGAUAUUGGUUCUCGUCGUUGAGAGCAGAUACUUACCAAAUGAUCAUUUUUCUACACAUCUUAAAUUUUUCUCACUUUUUCUAAUCAAAAGUAAAGAAAGAGAUGAAUAGAUGGUUUGGUUGAGGAAUAGCAGCUUUCCUCCUCCUCGGGGUAGAGAGUGGAGUCUCGCCACGUCUGUACACAGUGAGGAAAGGGAUUAUUCUGUCUUUUCUUCUUUGUUUCCAAAAUAAGAACCCAAGAUUUUGAACACCGCCCAAAAGCCCAGGGUAGCUGAUGGAGUAGCUUAUGACGGGUCGGUCGCCACGUGAAAGGGGAUUCUGUUCUAUACGCGCACGUGUAUGGCGGAGUCUUUUUUUGGGACAUGGCACCUGAAUUGAGUGGUCUUUUUUAAUGCAUUAUUUUGAUGCAGUUCAGCAAAAAAAGAAGAAAAAUCCCACCCCUCCUUUUCCCCCUUCCUUUCCCUUUUCCCCUUCCCCCAUUUCAAGUUUUUAUUCUAUAGGAGAAAUUUAUAUUUUUGUCACUCCCCUCUCAUCAAGGUGCCGGUUAGAUACUUUUUUUAUGUUACAAAGUCCACUGUAGAUCUCUAGAUCUGUAAAGAUUUUUUUACAUAUACAUAUAUACAGUAUAUAUAAUAUAUAUAUAUUUUUUAUCAUUAUUUACUUUUAAUAUGGUUAUUUGUCUUCUAAUUGACCAUCAUGAAGUGAAAAAAAUUAAGCUCCUUUCAAUUGCAAAUGUCGAGAAUAUUUGGCUUAUAUGUGUACAGCAAAGUAAUGCUUUAGUUCUGAUGUAAACAAACUUAUAUUUCAUACCUCCUCGUAACUCAAUAUUUAUGAUGGUAAUUACCUAGUGCACUACUGUAAUUGUGUUAAGGCUAUAUUAUGUGGAAUCUCUAAUGGUUACAAAAAAAUGAUAAUAAAAAAUGAGAAAAAGAAGAAAAAAAAAGAGAGAGAAAGAGAGGUGGUAAAGCCCUCUCUGAUAAUGUAUAUUAUCAGAGAGGGUGGGAAACUUGGAUAAAGUAAUUCUACAUCUUUUCUCCAUAUGUCUGUACGUACACAUGUAAGUGUUGCCGUACGUACGUACACGUGUAAGUGUCGCUGCUUGCCUUCAGUAAGCUGUUGUCGAAAUUUCUAGGCAAGGUUUCUUUAACACAUACUUCCGCUCAUAUUAUAAUUUUUUUUUUACUUUUUUCUACUUUUUUGUUUCCUCUUUUUAUUCCUUCCCGUGUGUCGGUCGGCCAGCAGCUUUUGAGUCUUUGCACAGGAUGUCAUGUUCCAGCUUAGGGUUGGCACGAAUAUGAGUGCUGACAGAACCAACCAUCUGCCAACAAGUCAACCGAUGCGGUGUUAGCAAAGCCUGUUGGCAAGUGGUGGGGAUAAGCUGUCUCUUUUUUUUCUUCUCUCUCAAUGGUGUUCUAAGAUAAAAGGGCAGUUAAGAUAAAGUAACAAACACUUCUUUCAAACAAAAUAAGAUAAAAUAUAUGAUAAUGUCUUGGGGGAUUUUUAAAAAUAUAUCAUUCAGAGCAAUUGCUGCAGUUACAAGACAACUUGACUUCUAAACUAAACUCCAUAUAUAAAUAUACAUAUAUAAAUACAUACAUAUGAAAAUUGCGUACCUCUUCUUUGCCAUAUCCUGUUUGUUUCUCGAUUAGCCAUUCCUCAUUUAUGAUAUACUUGAUCGUGUAUCCGAGCUAACGAUUUCCUCUGCAUUCCCCUUGUUUUUCCUCCAUUCUAUGUUCUAUGGUAUAUAUGCUAUAGUUUGUUGUUUAAUCAUAGAGGAGCAGUACAUAAAAGCUACUUUCCCUUGCCACUCACAGCAUAUACCUAGAUAUAUAUUGAAGCAUGUACAUAAAGAGUGGUGCAGGGUUCGUGUCGUAUCAUAGAGUUGUAUCAUUUUAUACUACCAGA